AGGAAGAGCUGAGGUGGGUAUUUUGAAAGGAGCCGCGGAAUCUGGGAAAGAAGCCCUGCCGACCAGUGUCCCUGUUUCAGCCUGGCCCAAGGAUUGUGUCGUCCAGGAAGCAGCCUUGCCAUCUGGGGAGUGGCAGAGCAGCAGAGAAGAAGAAGAAGAGAGGAGGAGGAGGAGGUAGAAGGAAGAAGGAAGAACCUGGCGCAGAAGGAGUUAUUUGAGGAAAAACGUGCUGCUUAAAUCAGUGCCGGCCUCUGUCCUACACAAAGAGCCAAUCAGGACAGAAGCAAAUCAAACGGAAAGGUCGCCUGUAGUUCAGAAAAAACGAGCAAGCCAACCAGCAAGCGCGCCAGCAAACAAAAAUGGAGUUUUGAGGAGUGAAAGAACUAUGAUGUCGGCCAUGGGUGAUCAGGACACAGCCAGACAAUGUGGACCCAUUUCUUCAAACUCCGACUUGUUUGCUGUCUGCUUGCGGUGCUGAUGGUGGCGGUGCUGGUCAUCACUGUCACUCAGGUGGAGAACUUGGACCAUGAGGCCGUCUCAGCCACGUUCAUCGACCGCACUGGACCGUUUCUUUCCCCUCCGGUGACAGGAAUCAGCCGGAGUCCCUUCUGUGGCUAUGACCACCAGACCUUGUCCCUCCAGGAGCGCAUGGAGGAGAACUCCUUGCUGGCGGCCUUGCAGAGGCAGGUGCCUGACGUGGGCCCAGUCCCAUUUGUUAAGAGCACCGACCCUUCUUCCAGUUACUUUGUCAUCUUGAACUCGGCAGCCUUCUUCGACGUGGGAAGCCAACUGGAGGUGAUAGUUCAUGUGCAGGAUUUUCAAAGACAGCCCAAGAAGUACGGCGGAGAUUACCUGCAGGCCAGAAUCCACUCGCCCAAACUACAGGCAGGGGCCGUGGGCAGAGUGGUUGACUACCAGAAUGGGUUUUACAAGGUCUUUUUCACUCUGCUCUGGCCUGGCAAAGUUAGAGUGUCCAUAUCUUUGGUCCACCCCAGCGAAGGGAUCAGAGUCCUCCAUCACCUGCAGGAAGUGAAACCAGACAGGGUCUAUUUCAAGAGUCUCUUCCGUUCAGGAAGAAUUUCUGAAACUACAGAGUGCAACGUGUGUCUUCCUGAGGGUCUGCCCCUGUGUAACUUUACAGACGUCUACACUGGAGAGCCCUGGUUCUGCUUCAAACCAAAGAAGCUUCCUUGCAGCAGCAGAAUUAACCAUUUCAAAGGCGGAUACCUGAGGGGCCUCCUAACUUCUGCAGAGAGUGCCCUCUUCCAGAGUGGUGUCAAUAUCAAAAUGCCAAUCAACUCCAGUGGACCUGAUUGGGUGACUGUGGUUCCCAGGAGAAUAAAAGACACUGACAACCCAGAGCUCUCGCCAGGCCCAGGCGCGUUUCCUUCCGGGUAUUAUUAUGAGAACCAGUGGAGGCCUCGAGGGUUCAAGAUGCGCCAGUUUCACGACCCGGACGACGUGACAGAGUGCUUACAGAGGAAAGUGGUGUACUUAUUUGGUGACUCCACAAUCAGGCAGUGGUUUGAGUACCUCACGGCGUUUGUUCCAGAUUUAGUGGAGUUUAACUUGGGCAGCCCUAAGAAUGUCGGGCCCUUUCUUGCGGUGGACCAGAAACACAACAUCCUGCUCAAGUACCGCUGCCACGGCCCACCCAUCCGCUUCACGACGGUGUUCAGCAGUGAGCUCCACUAUGUGGCAAAUGAGCUGAAUGGCAUCGUGGGAGGUAAGAACACAGUGGUGGCCAUAGCCGUGUGGUCUCACUUCAGCACCUUCCCCUGGGAAGUGUAUAUCCGGAGACUCAGGAACAUUCGGCGAGCAGUUGUCCAGCUCCUGGAUCGAAGCCCUAAGACCGUGGUGGUCAUCCGGGCAGCCAACGUGCAGGAGCUAGGCCCCGAGGUGAGCCUUUUCAACAGUGACUGGUACAAUUUUCAGCUGGACACCAUCCUUCGGAGAAUGUUCUCAGGUGUUGGAGUGUACCUGGUCGAUGCCUGGGAGAUGUCUCAGGCUCACUAUCUACCCCACAAGCUGCAUCCAGAUGAGAUUAUUGUGAAGAACCAGCUGGACCUGUUCUUGUCCUUUGUGUGCCCACUGGAGACCUAGCCCGUCUUAGUAAGAAGGGGCGGCAUCCAGUGACCUUUCCCAUCACUUCCAUGAUAGGAAGUCCAUGGGUGGCCCCAUGGAGAGAUUAAGCGCUAUUGAUUUGAACAAGAUUUCAAAAAUACCUGGACUUUAUAUAAUGACUUGUAAGGAUCUUAGAAAUUACAGGCUAUAUUUAUACUUGUAUAAACCUAUAGGAGUCUUUCCAACAAUGACUUAGCCAUGGAAGAAACAUUACUAACAGCACCUACAUACGACAUUGUCCUUGUACCCAAAGAUGCCAAUGAGUACAUUCUAUCUAGAUUCUCGAGGGAGGGGAGACACGUUCCUCCCCAUCUGAAAAAUGCCUCCCCCAUCACAUAAGGGUCAAGUAUGGUUGGCAUAGGGUGCUUGCCGCUCACGUAGGGCAAGGCACUGAGCACCUCUCUGUGUGGGCAGCCUCCACAGUACGUCUUUCAACCUGAUGAACCAGAGCAGACUUCUCAGCGACUUCUGGAAGAUGGCACCCUCACCGGCAUUUCCCUUGGUGGAAAUUUCCUUUUUUCCAAUUGCUUGGAAAAGCCUGUGAGCUUGGUCCGGACUUUAUAGUGAGGAUAGUUACUAUUUCCUGCCUUUUCCCCCCUAGAGUAGAAGCAAAAGGAAGAAAUAAGAAACUGGUACCCAGGAAAUCUGUGCUUUGGGUUGACAUUUGCACUGGAUGAUGGUUUCUUAUUUAAUUCAGCUAAGUUUUACAUCACGGAUGUUAUUUUAAGAUAAUCCCUUUGGGAACCGGAAUAAACUGGAAUUAUUUUUGUGUUCUGAAUGUGAGGGUCUUGGGGGUUGACUGUCAAGUAAAGAAUGCCGUUGAUGACAAUACAGUUGUGGAGACUGUUGCCACCAAUUUUAAAUGUCCUUUUUGUUGUUAUUGCUAUCGCCUUGAACUGUGUCCCCAAACUAGUAAUUAUGACCUAAUUAGAAAUUAAUUUAGAUUUUAAAACCUAUGACAACUAUUUCUUGAUUUGGACAUAAAAUACACAUUCACAUACUUAAAAAUAAAAAGCCCUUAUUCCUUC